AAAGUUCUUAUAGAUUUUAAUUGGUCUUUUCCGAACUAUGAAGGAAGGAUAAACUGCAUAACGGCGAAGAGAUUUUCAGUAAAUUUUAUGAUAAAGUUUAUCCAAAUUCCCGAUCACUGAAACGUUAUGCGCUUAACCCAAUUGGACUCUUUAAAAAGGUACAUUUCGAAUAUAGAAAGAAAUUUGCAGUCGAUGAACUUCCUCAGGAUUUAUUAUUUAAUUUCUUUGAGUAUGUCGACUGAGUUAGCCAAAACAGAGCAGAGAAAAGGAGAACGAAACUUAUCAAAUCAUUAGACAGUCAAAAUCCUGAAAAAGAUUUCCCUUCAAAGCCUUUUCGGUAUGUUCACAAUUUUUCAAGUGUAACACUAGAUAAAUUAUAGUUAGCAGCUCUGUCAUUGGGUCCUAGAUUUUGUGACCAAGGAUAUAAGGUCAACCAACUCGAUACCAACAUCCCGUUUGAAAGCCUCCUCCUACAAACAAAAGAUCUGACCCCAACGUCAGACGAUGAAGUCGCUAGGUUUAAAACUACACUAGUCGACAGUUGUCAACAGUAUAAAAACAGUAGUCAUUCUAGUAAGAGCUUGCUGACUAAACAGCAUCGAGAAGCCCUAAGAAAGUUAAGGAACGACGAAAACAUUAUAAUCAGUAGACCUGAUAAAGGAGCUGGAGUGGUACUGAUGAAUAAGUGUGAUUAUGUUGACAAAAUGAAAUCGCUUCUAACAGAUGAAACGAAGUUCCAAAAGCUUAUCAACUCAAUAGAUCUGAACGGAAAGGCUGAAAAGCAGUUAACUAACCCGCUUAAGGAACUGAGAAAAAGUGGAGUAAUCUCAGAGGCAGUCUAUAACCGUCUUAAACCUACUGGAAGUAAUACUCCACGUUUGUAAGGUCUGCCCAAAGUACAUAAAUCAGGACUUCCUCUUCGCCCAGUCCUAGAUGUCUAAUUCCACCUGCCAUGGAGUGGCGAAGUGGCUAAAUGAACUCCUCCAACCGUUAAACAAGAAGGCAGUAAAUCAAAGUGUUAAAGACGUUUUUGAAUUUAUUGCUAACGUGGAUGAUAUCAAUUUAAAUGAGAAGCAAAUGCUUUCCUUAAAUGUAGCAUCACUGUUUACCAAUGUACCACUUAUGGAGACUGCGGAAUUCACAUGCCAACAGAUACUAGAAAAACAGAUCGACAUCAGAAUUCCAGUUAUUAGUCUGAAAGAGUUGCUUUUAAGAUGUACUAUGAAUGUACAUUUCAUAUUUAACAACCUUUACUACAGGCAAAUCGACGGUAUUGCCAUGGGUUCUCCGUUGGGGCCAAUUUCGGCAGAUUUCUUUCUUGCCAGGAUUGAAAAUGGUCCAUCGAAACAAGUAAUUGAGAAAACCGAUUCUUAUUUUCGUUAUGUUGAUGAUACGUUUAUUAUUCUUGAUGUGAAAGCUGACAAGAAUGAAAUGUUAAAAAAGUUUAAUGAUACACAUCCAUCACUCAUUUUCACUUGUGAAGCAGAACAUGAUUGUAGACUACAUUUCCUUGACGUCCAAUUGAGCAGAAGAGAGGAUGGUUCACUCAAAAGGGAUGUCUAUAGAAAACAUACAUCUGUAGGACAAUGUACACAUUUCCUCAGUUUUGUACCAAUCCGAUACAAAAUCAAUUUGGUCAGAUGCCUCACGAAUAGAGCAAGACGUAUCUGUACAGAUGACUCCCUGGCAAAUGAGCUAGAAUACAUCCAAAAUACGUUGGUAUAUAUGGGUUAUCCUAGUAGAUUUGUAAGGAGACACAUGAAUACCAGGUACAAUAAAGAAAAACUGACAACAGUUAAAAAGAAACAACUGUUCGUGAAACCGCAAUUUAAUGGGGACGUGGGUAGUGAAUUCUUACAUCUGAGAUUAUCGGGAGCGAUAAAACGGACUUAUACUUCCGCCACACUCUGUUUGUCAUUUUGCAGCCGACCAAUUAUGAUUGCUCACUCAAGUGAAAGAUAAGCUACCUAGCUGUGCCACUUCGAUGUGUAUCUAUAAAUUUAGUUGACUUUGUGGAGAAAGCUAUAUAGGGCGAACAACUAGAUAGCUUAACAAACGCGUUAAUGAGCACCUUCCUUCAUAGUUCGGAAAAGACCAAUUAAAAUCUAUAAGAACUUUUAUUUUGGCUCAUUUGAUUGAUGGUGGUCACCAAGUGAACUAAAAUAGUGCCUUCAAAGUUAUCUAUCGCAUUCCAUCGAGUCUUUCGAAAGGAAUCAGAACCCGUCUUUUACACUUAGCCGAAGCUAUGGGAAUUCGAGAC